CUUCACGAGCCACUACAAGACAUCCCAACCUCUUCUUUCCUCUGGCAAUCCCUCUGUUUUCUUCUCUCUCUCUCUCUCCUUUAAGGCAAUCAGUGCUUUAAGCAAAACCAAGCCUCAUUUAUCAGUGCUUUCUCUGCUCGAUCCAUCCAACAAUGGUUCCAUACCAUUCAUUGAAGUUUGCCCAUCUCCUCUCAUGCUCCCUCAUUGUCCUCAACCUUUUCUGUGUUCCCGUCCAUGCCCUUAACAUCGGCGUUCGAGCUGCAGGUGCUGCUGUCACUGUGGGUAAAGAUUGCAGUAAAAAAUGCGAGUCAGACUUCUGUUCAGUUCCUCCAUUUCUAAGAUAUGGUAAGUACUGUGGGCUCUUAUACAGUGGAUGCCCUGGGGAAAAACCUUGUGAUGGCCUUGACUCUUGCUGCAUGAAGCAUGAUGCUUGUGUGCAAGCUAAAAACAAUGACUAUCUAAGCCAAGAAUGCAGCCAAAACUUCAUCAACUGUAUGGCUAACUUUAAAAAAUCCGGAGGCCAUACAUUUAACGGGAACAAAUGUCUAGUUGACGAGGUUAUUGAUGUUAUUUCUGUUGUCAUGGAAGCUGCUUUACUUGCUGGAAGAUAUCUUCAUAAGCCUUGAAAGGGUGAAAUUUCCUUCAUCUAGAGAGAGAGGAAACAAGUUCAGUUUCUUUUUGUUUUCCCUUUCUCUCCUCUCUCAAAAGUUGGAAAAUUAAGUACUUGAUCCAGUUAUUUGGCUGGGGGCAACUUUUUUUUUUUUUUGGUUCUGUAGGUAAAUAAUCUUGUCAUUCCAAUUUCUUUAUGCUUCACAUGCUUGUCUGCAAAUCGUAGGGAUAAAAAAUGAAGACUUUGAAAUGCUUGCAAGUGUUGAAGAGUACUGGAAUGAAAAUUGUUAUUUUUUUACUCA